CAGGAUGCUCACGCCCCCCCGCCCCCAGGCCGCGCGCCCCCGCGCGCUCCCGCCGCUGCUCGGGCGACAGCGACUCCUCGGCCACCUCCGCGCAGAGCGGCCCCCGCCGCACCCCCGCCCGCCGGGAACCCCCCCCGGACCCCGCACCGGGGUCCCCCCGCGCCCCCCGCGCCGCCGCCGCGUCCCCCCGCGGGUCCCCCCGCGCCUCCCGCAGCCCUGGGCGCGGCCCCGCUCCGCUGCUGCUCAUCCGCCGCCGCCCCGACGGGCAGCACUCGUGGGCACGGCCCGAGCCCCCCAAUGCACCCGGGGGGGCUCCCGGCGGGCGGCGGGACCCCCGGCCCGGCCCCGGGGACCCCGAGGAGCUGGCGCGGAGGCUGCGGGCCCCGCGCUGGCUGGAGCCCGGGCAGGAGCAGCGGCUGUUCCAGCGGCUGGAGGAGGAAUUCCUGGCCAACACGCGGCUGCUGGAGCAGCUGGGGGACACCGAGAGCCCCCCCGCGCCCCCCGCCACCGCCGACUCGGCCUAUUGCUCCUCGUCGUCCUCCUCUUCCUCCCUCAACGUGUUCGCCAAGCACGGGCUGCCCGCCGAGGACGGGCGGCGGAGCGGGAACAGCGACGGGAACAACAACAACGGGAAUAACGGGAACAACGACGGGCUGUGCCCCCCGACGCUGCCGUCCAACCCCUCCAUGGGGGAUGUGAGGCGCCGCUCCACCCUCUCCAGCUCCUCCGACGAGAGCUGCUGCUUCCCGGCCUCCUGGGACAACCGGGAGACUCCCGGGAAUCCCGGCUCCGACACCGACUGGGCGCCCGGGGAGGACGAGAUGCUGGAGAUGGAGGAGCCCCCCCUUGCCCCGGGGGUCUCCACGCCCCCGCGGCGGCCCUGGGCCAAGCCCCGGCUGGACACACAGCCCCACAAGGCGCCGUCCCGCAUCCCCACCCCGAGGGGUUACGGGGCCGGGACCCCCCGGCCCCACAACGGCAGCCCCAAGGCCUGGGGGGCUCUGCAGAGCGUCUUCUCCUCCCUGCUGGAGCCCCCCUGGGCCCCGCGGGAGCGCGAGGGGCUGGAGGAGGACACGUGGCCCUGAGAGGCCCGGCCCGGUGGCCACGGCACCCCUGGGGACAUCCCGGAGCGGCCACUGGAGGUGGCACCCGUGUGGAGACGUGAUGGACAUGGCCCGGGGGCGGGCAGGACGCCUUCACCCGGUGACUGUUGGCAGUGGGGUGGCCCCUGCGAGGAGCCCCCAGCCCCAGGCAGGCCCAGAGGGCCCCGGGUGUGCCCCCAGCCCGCGGGGAGCAGCUCCAUGGGGGUGGUGGUGUGGUCAUGGUGGAGGUGGCUGGAGCAGAACUGGCACCUGGGAAUGGGGCUGGAGAGCACCUGACCCUGCUCAGCUGGGACUCUUCAUCUCUUCUCACACUUCUCAUCUUGUUUUCUCCUCCUCUUCAUGCUAUUCUUGUCAUCCUCCUCCUCAUCGUCUCGUGUUCUAUCAUAUUUCUGCUCCUCUUUUGGGCACCUUCUCCCUUCUCUUGUCUUCUCCUCCGUGGCCUUUGUGUCCUUCUCAUCAUCACCUUCUCUUCUUGACCUUGUCCUCCUCUUGUCUUCUUCUCUUCUUGGCCUUCUUGUCCCCUUGUCAUCAUCACCUUCUUGGUCAUUUUUUUGUUUUUUUCCUCUUCUUGGUCAUCUCCCAUCUCUCUUCUCUCCCUCCUCUUCCCUCCACCCCUGAGAUGACUUGGGGAUGUGCAGCUUGUCACCACAACCCGGAUUUGAGGUCGGGAGGGGGGUCACUGUGUCCCCUCCGGCCCCAGCACUGCUGUGAUGAUGUCCCCAGGGUGGGACAGGGCUGUGCCCCCCGUGCCCCCACCCCUCGGGCCCUGCAUGUCCCCCCAAGCCAGUAAAGACCGAGGGAGCUGCG